AAAUGUUCUCAACGUUGAGUUCUUACAUUUGGGGCGAGCAAACGGACUUAAGCCCUUUAGAAGAAGUUACAUUCACAAUAAACGGAAAAUCUUAUACAGUGAACAGCAAAUCGGUUCCGGUGGAAACCUCGCUGAACACAUUCAUCCGAAACCAUGCUCAUCUGACCGGAACCAAGUUCAUGUGCCUAGAGGGCGGUUGUGGAGUAUGUAUCGUCAACAUCUGCGGAAUCCACCCGGUAACGAAGGCAAAAACAUCAUGGGCUGUCAAUUCGUGUCUUUUUCCGGUGUUCGCUUGCCACGGAGCGGAUAUCUUGACGGUCGAAGGUAUCGGUGGCAAGAAGGAAGGCUACCAUCCGGUUCAGAAGGUUCUAGCGCACUUUAACGGAGCUCAGUGUGGAUAUUGUUCACCCGGUAUGGUUAUGAAUAUGUAUAGUUUGUUGGACGCCAAGAAGGGUCAAGUAUCGAUGAAGGAAAUCGAAAACUCUUUCGGUGGAAACAUCUGUCGCUGUACCGGAUAUCGACCGAUUUUGGAUGCGUUCAAAUCGUUGGCCGUUAAUGCCGAUCAGAAGUUGCUGGAUGUUUGCAAGGACAUUGAGGACUUGACGAUUUGUCCUAAGACUGGAGAUGCUUGUGCGGGAAAGUGUUCGGUUGCUGGAAGCAUCUCUGAAACUAAGAGAUCCGUCCACAUGGUGUUUGCUGAUGGAUCUGAAUGGUACAAAGUGUACAAUAUUGCUGCUAUAUUUGAAAUAUUCGAUAAAAUAGGAGAGCGUCCUUACAUGUUGGUUGGAGGAAAUACUGCUCAUGGUGUGUAUCGACGUAGUCCUGACCUUCAAGUGUUCAUCGACAUAAACGCCAUCGAUGAGUUGAAUGCCUACGACAUAGGAAAUGAGCUGACUGUAGGAGGCAACGUGUCCCUCACGGAGUUCAUGAGCAUACUUGAUAAGGCUGCUAAGAAAAACAACAAUUUCAGCUAUUGCAAAGGGAUGUUAAAGCACGUAGAUUUGGUUGCCAAUGUACCAGUUAGAAAUACUGGUACAAUUGCUGGAAAUUUGAGCAUCAAAAAUCAACACAACGAAUUUCCAUCCGAUAUCUACAUACUUUUGGAAGGAGUCGGAGCCUCUUUGGUGAUAGCUGAGGCAGGAGGCAAGGUGUCCAAUGUUGCUCCUCAGGACUUCAUUUCGAUGGACAUGAAUAAGAAAGUGAUCAAAAGUGUGAUCCUUCCAAGCCUAGAUCCCAGCGUAUAUCUGUUCAGAUCCUUCAAGGUUAUGGGCCGCGCUCAAAACGCCCAUGCUUAUGUCAACGCUGCUUUUCUGAUUAAAUUGAAUGCAGAUAAAUCGAAAAUAGAGUCCGCUAGAAUAUACUUCGGAGGAAUUAACCCUAGUUUCACCCACGCUUCAGCGACUGAAGAUUUACUGAAAGAUAAAGCCCUAUUCGACAAUAACACCAUUCAAGCUGCGAUGAACUCCUUGGCCGGUGAGCUUAACCCUGACUGGGUCCUGCCGGACGUCUCCGAUGAGUAUCGGAAAAAUCUAGCCAUCUCACUGUUCUAUAAAGCGGUACUAAGCUUGGCAGCCGAAGGUUGGGGUCCGGUAAAGCCGGAGUUCAAAUCCGGAGGCUACGUUCUGAAGCGUCCUAUAUCUUCGGGUCAGCAAUCGUACGCAACCUACAAGAAAAAUUGGCCCUUAACGAAAAAUGUCCAGAAGGUGGAAGCCCAAGUUCAAACGGCUGGAGAAGCGAAGUUUAUCAACGAUAUCGAUCCGAUUCCGGGACAGCUUUGGGGGGCAUUUGUUCUGGCAACACAUGUUCACUCAAAGAUCGCGAAAAUAGACGCUUCGGAUGCUUUGAAAAUCCCUGGCGUAGUCGCGUUCUUUUCGGCCAAAGAUAUUCCUGGCUCGAACAACUUCAUGCCGCUAGAGUACGGAAAUGUCGAAGUAGAUGAAAUAUUCUGUGGUCGGGAGGUUAAGUUCAAUGGUCAAGCUGCCGGGUUGAUAGUAGCCGAAACGUUCGACAAAGCGCAAUUAGGCGUGCGAGCUGUCAAUAUUACCUACGAGAAGAGCAAUAACCGUGCGGUGUAUGCGACGUUGAAGUCGGUGAUGGAAGUUGAUGCGCAAAAUCGAUUCUUCGAUGUUGGCAAUAGAAACAAAGAGCAGAUCUUGGAGCAAAUUGUGGCUGGUAACAAAACAAUCGCAGGAAGAUUCAUGCUGGGCAAUCAGCCUCAUUUCAGUAUGGAAACACAGUGUUGUGUGUGUAUUCCAAUCGAAGAUGGCCUGGAUGUAUAUUCGUCUACCCAAUGGAUGGAUCUGUCACAAGCUGCUAUUUCUCAAGCACUGAAGAUUCCUGAACAUCGUGUAAAUCUUUAUGUUCGAAGAUUGGGAGGUGGUUACGGUGGAAAAAUUUCUCGAUCCUCACAAAUUGCUUGCGCUUGUGCUUUGGCAGCUUACUUUUUGCGACGUCCUGUUAGAUUGAUUUUGACAUUAGAAACCAAUAUGUCGACCAUUGGGAAAAGAAUGGGCGCUAUUAGCGAUUAUUCAGUCGAUGUUGAUGGCCAAGGCCGUAUUAUAAAGUUAGUCAACAAUUUCGCUCAGGACUAUGGAACGACACUCAAUGAAGGAGUAACAUCAGCGGCCGAAGCAGCGUUUCAGAACUGCUAUAACAACAGCGCCUGGAAAGUUUCAGGAAAAGCCGUAAAAACGGAUGCACCCAGUAAUACCUAUUGUAGAGCCCCUGGAACAACUGAGGGAGUUGCCAUGGUCGAAAACAUCAUGGAGCAUAUCGCUAACGAAACGGGACUGGAUCCUUUGGAAGUUCGUAUGGUGAAUUUGGCAAACGAUAGCAAGAUCAAACAAUUGCUACCUGCUUUCCGUAAGGACGUAGAGUUUGACGAUCGCAAAAAAGCGAUCAAUGAAUUCAACAGCAACAAUCGUUGGAAGAAACGAGGAAUUGCUAUUGUUCCCCUUCAAUACGUUCUUAGUUACUAUGGACAGCUGAAUUGUAUCGUUUCAAUUUUCGGUUUAGACGGAUCUGUUGCCAUUACCCAUGGAGGCAUUGAAAUGGGUCAAGGGUUAAAUACUAAAGUUAUCCAGGUGGUAGCUUACGCACUUGGGAUUCCGAUGGAAAACAUCAGCGUGAAGCCUUCGGCUAACUACACUUCUCCAAACGCAUCCCUUGCCGGAUAUUCCACAACCAGUGAAGCCGUUUGUUAUGCUGCCAAAAAAGCUUGCGACAUGCUCCUGGCCCGACUAAAACCCUUCCGCGAUAGUAACCCAUCUGCGAACUGGCUUAAUAUCGUCCAACUGGCUGCACUGAAAAACGUUGACCUCUGUGCAGAAGCUCAAUGGAACCAGAGCGAUACGAAACAGUACCUGAUCUAUGGGCUCACCUGUGCUGAACUGGAAGUAGACAUCCUUACCGGAAACGUUCAGAUAAGGCGUGUCGACAUCUUAGAAGACACAGGAGAAAGUAUGAGUCCCGGCAUCGAUAUCGGCCAAAUCGAGGGAGCAUUUGUGAUGGGAAUCGGGUACUACCUUACUGAAGCGCUCGUUUGCGAUAGUACAACUGGGGAACUGCUCACCACGCGUACCUGGAACUUCAAGCCUCCGGGAGCGAAGGAUAUUCCGAUCGACUUCCGGGUGAACUUUCUGCGUAACAGUAGCAAUUCUAAUGGGGUACUAAGAUCAAAGGCUACCGGAGAGCCUCCGAUGAAUAUGUCGGUGGUGGUUCUUUUCGCCUUGAGGUAUGCCUUGAUGUCUGCCAGGAAAGAUGCAGGAUUAGGGAACGAUUGGAUUCCUCUAGGGUCGGGUACUACACCGGAUCAGGUGUACCUGUUGGCCGGGAACUCAAUCGAGCAAUAUAAAAUGGAUUAA